GCUGCCGGUUGAUGCGGCGAGAAUCCUGCCGCACUCCCUGCCGCGUCUCCUGAAUCUUGACCCUAACGAGAUCGGAAUCCGCAGAAAACGCGAGGUUUCUGGCUCUCGUUGGCGUUGGCGAGAUGAAAUCGCAGGCUGAUCGCUUGUUUCGUCGCUCCCGACUGUCAGCUGGCGAAGCGUCACGGUGACGCCUGGAGGAACGUCCCUUAGCGACUCGGGUUACGCAUUACGCGGCGCACGCACCGCGCCAGAUUUUUUUAGGCUUAAAUACGCGCAGAGAGCUCUUACCCGCCUAUAAACCCUCGUUGACUACAUGGCGGUGCUUAGUAGGCCAUUCGGAUCGCGAAUGGUUACCACGAUAUUGUUGCGAAUGACAACUUGGAUGUCACCGAAGGCGAUCGUUACAGCAACGUCGCAUAACUGUCGCAAACUUCAUCCACUUCUCGCCAUCCAUCCCGCUCAUCCGACCCAUCUCCUCCGUCCGAUCAUCUCUGGGUCGUUCUCCGCCGUCGGAUCUAUCCCCUCAAUACCAUCCUGUCCGUCGAUUCCCCAAGCAACAGCAAACCCUAGUCCCGAUCCUCCCAAUCCUCUCUUCGCACCGGCUCCGAGCUGCUGUCCUUCGUUGCAUCUCCUUGCAAAGCCCCCUCACACUCUACCCGAGGAGGCUCCUUUCCCUCCUUUCCUUAGCGCUGGGACCAUCCGAUCCUUCUCAUCCGUGAAUGGCGCUGCACGUGGCGGGAAGGGGCAGCGCCAAUACCAGGAGAGCCGGGAAAACCGGAACCAGCAGCGCCGCGCGGAGGGGCAGCAGCAGCAGCAGCAGAGGGAGCAUCGCCAGCAGCAGGACCAGCAGCAGCAGAGGGAGCAUCGCCAGCAGCAGGACCAGCAGCAGCAGAGGGAGCAUCGCCAGCAGCAGGACCAGCAGCAGCAGGGGGAGCAGCGGCGGCUGGAGGGCGAGAGCCACAUGGUGGCGGUUCGAGGGGCCUUCCGCCAGCUGGCCGAGCCGCUGCAGUGGGCGCUCCGUGGGGCGGCGUUCUUUGUCCCGACACGCAUUCAGGAAGAGGGCAUUCCGCGUCUUUUAAAGGGGGAGAGUCUCUUCCUAUCGUCCCCCUCAGGAUCAGGCAAGACCCUCGCGUAUCUCCUCCCCGUCCUGCACCUCCUCCACCUCCCCUCCGUCUCCUCCCCCCUCUUCUCGCCCCCCACGUCCCCUCCUCUCGCCUGCGCCACCACCGCAAGGAGACCAGAGGGAAGGAGCGCUCAACAGCCAAUAGCAAUGCGCCACCUGGCAGUGGUGCUGAUGUUCGUGGUGGUGGUAUUGAUGCUGCUGCGGGUGCCAGUGGCCCGUUUUGUCUUGUUUUGACGCCCACGAUGGAGCUGGCCAAUCAGGUGGCGGAGGAGGUCCGCCAAUUCACUCGAUCCAUCCUGGAGCUGAAGGUGGAGGUGGUCACUGCUGCAGGCUCAGGGCACACUGUAUCCCAGCCCCUCAGGUUCGCUCGCUCUACCGCCGCUCCCCCGAUGUGCUUGUUGCCACGCCUGGUCGGCUGCUGAGGCUAUUCCAACAGGCAGCUUCCGAGAAGCACCCACCACUGGGACCCUUGACACUGACCAGAACCCCCAUUGCAGCUGAAACUGCAUCAACUGAAACUGUUGAAACCACUCCAUCAGAAUCCGUUUCAUGUGGAGAUGAAACCCGUUCAAGAGCUGUGGAAACGGCAGAAAGCUCAAAAGAAUUGGGACUGCCCGAAAGUUCAAGAGCAUUGGAAUUACCACCAGACGCAGGCAAGCUGUCAGGCAAGGAUGCUCUGGGCUCCCUGCCGAAAGAUUUUCUCGGGCAGGUUCGGCACUGGGUGGUGGAGGAAUGCGACAAGAUGGCUGAGAUGGGCCUUCUGGAAGACCUGAGGAAAGUUUUUUCGCUGCUGCCCAGACCGCAAAAGGCAAAGGCGGGGACGAGGAGGGAUCAGCGGCCACACAUGCAGGUCGUUCUCGUGUCUGCCACCAUCCAUCCCGAAUCCGAGCUGCUUCUGCGGCGCUUUGCUCCCAAAGGCGAUAUGCUGAUCGUGCAACCGUCCACUUCUGACAAGCCCUCCGUAAAGCAGCUGGCCUAUCGCGUCCACCCUCGAAGGAAAACUGCUCUGCUUCUCUACCUCCUUCGACGACGGGCGUCACUGCGGACCCACCAGGUGCUGGUCUUCGCUCGCACCGUGCUUCGAGCCCAGAGGCUUCACCAAGCGCUGACAGAGGGAGGAAUCACUGCAGCCUUGCUGCAUGGUGACCUGACAGGGGCGGCAAGGCGACAUGCGCUGGAGGCAUUUAAACAGGGAACCGUGCAGGUCCUGGUAGCCACCAACGUUGCAGCGCGCGGUGUUGACAUCCCCAACCUCCCCUUUGUGGUGAACUUCGACCUCCCAGGCAGCCCGCAAGAAUAUCUGCAUAGAAUCGGCCGAACGGGGCGGGCAGGGGCGGCUGGAACUGCAAUCAGCUUUGUUGGGACACUUGAGACUCUUGAAUCGGAGACAAGUGAAGGCGGACACACCAAAGAGCCGAAUCAACUAGCGGAAAUGCCAGACUGGAUGGAGGCUGCCCAGAAGUUGCUCGGCCAGCGCAUUGAGUUUCGGAAAGUCCCCGGCCCCUGGAGAGACGAGCCGGCUGGCGACUCUUGACUCUUCUUGACUCUUUCUUGAGGCGAUGCAAAGGUUGCACAAGUCCCCAGACCCUCGAGAGCCGACCCGCUACAAAUGACAUGGCCUUCGAAGGACAGUCACCCCAAAAAGGUUCCAUACCAUAGUUGUCCCAGAGGCUGUGGGGCCCUGAUACUCACUAUUUGCGGUUGCUUCAGUUGUAGUGGUACCAUAUUAUUGCUAGUAAGAAACAUGCGUACAAAUGAGGUACUACUGAGAGCGUGUUCCUAUGGCCUCUUCCCAGGCCAACCUCUCCCCAACUCGCGUGCUACAGUGCCACGAACUUUGACGCGAAGUUGACGCAAAAUGGUGCAGCGCGGUUUCGCAUGGUGUGACGCGAAAUUGACGCGAAUUUGGGCUCGGAAUUGCCGAGAUUCAGGCGAGAGGGGAAGUCUGGGAUGAGGUUGG